AUGGAAACUCCCAAGACUAGCAUUCAGAAACCUAGCUAUGAGCGGCAAAGUCCCGGACUGGAAGACAACAUCAUAAAGAUCGACAACAACGAUAACGACAAGAGGGUAACAUCCUCCGAGCUCGGUGAGAAUGUUUCAGGUGGCGCAGAGGAGACGCUCUCCUCUAACAAGACUUCUUCAGAAGCGUCCGAAGACUAUAAUUAUGAUGUCAUUUUCACCCGAGAGUUCGCUUCGGCGGUUCAAGACUGUUUCAAACUGGCUGUCGAGCGCAUUGCCGGGACUCGUCUAUCAUGGUGGCCGUCAGCUGAGCCAGAGGAUAAAUUGAGCCACGCUCACAUUCGAGUGUACUCUAUGCCCUUCCGAGGCCGACGCUUUUACGCCGAUAUUCCGACAUCUCUGGCAGAAAUCCUAUUUCCCAAGCUGAUCAUCGCUCGCGAGUCCGCCUCAAAGUCCAAUUGGACACCAUUGAAUCGUGAAGCGGUCCUCCUCCAUGACACAACUCUAAUACACAUCCUGCUCCUCUAUUUUGCCUCAAUGGGAGAAUGUGAACUUGAGGGGAAAGGACAUUACAAGUUUCAGACCGCAGCACCGGCCGGCUCAAGCAAUACCGGCAACCCUAAGGACCAGGCCACACAAGCAACAGGGGUAUUAACCUCUGUUCACACUGGCGCUGGAGCAUCGGGUAGUAAUUCAAAGAAGAGACAAGGUCGGGCCGGAAAUGGAGCGGGUUAUCCUCGGUCGACUACCGCUCUACCGGGUGGCGACGGGGCGCCCGUACAGUUUCCCGUCCUCUUCGUCAGUGCCAACAUUGGGCCCAACCAAGAUAUUGCUCGAGUCGCAGAACCUGGUACAAAGGACAAGCAGACUUUCGAGUCACUCCGCAGGGCCUAUGGAGGAUUUUCCGCUGGGUGGUAUAGGCCGUGGCGUGCCAAGCGUCCAGUUGGCGUCAAGUUCUAUCGGUUUCAGAGUUUUCACUGGCGUAAAUCUCAAGGCUCACAUACCGAGUUCCUCUAUCAUAUCGCCGUACACGACGAUAUGGAGCGCUAUCCACAUCAGUCUGAGGAGGAAUACGUCGAGUAUGAGUUCACGCCAAAGCCAUGGCAGGGGAUGGGCUACUUCAACAAAGAAGUCUGGCAUUACUUUCUCUGCCCGGAAGAUUGCGGCAAUUCCAAGGAUUUGACAAGUGCCCUUCCUAUACGAAUCAAUGGUCCCAUCCCUCCACAGUGGACUGCCUUUGGUAUUCAUGUCGACGAACGACCUUCUGUGCUGAGCAUUUGCUUCAGAUUUGCGGCUGUGUCUUGA